UUUCACUUGGUCGGAAUGGGGAGAGUGUGCAAGAGAUCGCUCCGGGACGGGUUCCUAGAGAUCGCUCUGGGGCGGUCGUGACAGCCCCCGAGGGACAGGAGUGAAGAGGAGCUGCGCUCAGGUUAUUCCAGGAUCUCUGGAGACCCGAGAAAAGCCGUGUUAACCAAAAGCAAGACCAAUGACUCACAGAGAAAAAAGAUGGCGGAACCAAGGGCAAUUAAAGCUGUCAAGUUCUGAGCAGCUGGUAGAUGGACUGGCUUAUUGAAGGACAUGAUUCAGACUGUCCCGGACCCAGCAGCUCAUAUCAAGGAAGCGCUAUCAGUUGUGAGCGAGGACCAGUCGUUGUUUGAGUGUGCCUACGGAACGCCACACCUGGCAAAGACGGAGAUGACCGCGUCCUCCUCCAGCGACUAUGGACAGACUUCCAAGAUGAGCCCACGCGUCCCUCAGCAGGAUUGGCUGUCUCAACCCCCAGCUAGGGUCACCAUCAAAAUGGAAUGUAACCCUAGCCAAGUGAAUGGCUCAAGGAACUCUCCUGAUGAAUGCAGUGUGGCAAAAGGUGGGAAGAUGGUGGGCAGCCCAGACACCGUGGGGAUGAACUACGGCAGCUACAUGGAGGAGAAGCACAUGCCGCCCCCAAACAUGACCACGAACGAGCGCAGAGUUAUCGUGCCAGCAGAUCCUACGCUGUGGAGUACAGACCAUGUGCGGCAGUGGCUGGAGUGGGCGGUGAAGGAAUAUGGCCUCCCAGAUGUCAACAUCUUGUUAUUCCAGAACAUCGACGGGAAGGAACUGUGCAAGAUGACCAAGGACGACUUCCAGAGGCUCACCCCCAGCUACAACGCCGACAUCCUUCUCUCACACCUCCACUACCUCAGAGAGACUCCUCUUCCACAUUUGACUUCAGAUGAUGUUGAUAAAGCCUUACAAAACUCUCCACGGUUAAUGCAUGCUAGAAACACAGGGGGUGCAGCUUUUAUUUUUCCAAAUACUUCAGUAUAUCCUGAAGCUACGCAAAGAAUUACAACUAGGCCAGAUUUACCGUAUGAGCCCCCCAGGAGAUCAGCCUGGACCGGUCAUGGCCAUCCUACGCCCCAGUCGAAAGCUGCUCAGCCAUCUCCUUCCACAGUGCCCAAAACUGAAGACCAGCGUCCUCAGUUAGAUCCUUAUCAGAUUCUUGGACCAACAAGUAGCCGCCUUGCAAAUCCAGGCAGUGGCCAGAUCCAGCUUUGGCAGUUCCUCCUGGAGCUCCUGUCGGACAGCUCCAACUCCAGCUGCAUCACCUGGGAAGGCACCAAUGGGGAGUUCAAGAUGACGGAUCCCGACGAGGUGGCCCGGCGCUGGGGAGAGCGGAAGAGCAAACCCAACAUGAACUAUGAUAAGCUCAGCCGCGCCCUCCGUUACUACUAUGACAAGAACAUCAUGACCAAGGUCCAUGGGAAGCGCUACGCCUACAAGUUCGACUUCCACGGGAUUGCCCAGGCUCUCCAGCCCCACCCUCCAGAGUCAUCUCUAUAUAAGUACCCCUCAGACCUCCCGUACAUGGGCUCCUAUCAUGCCCACCCACAGAAGAUGAACUUUGUGGCGCCCCACCCUCCAGCCCUCCCUGUGACAUCUUCCAGUUUUUUUGCUGCCCCAAACCCAUACUGGAAUUCACCAACUGGGGGUAUAUACCCUAACACUAGGCUCCCCACCAGCCAUAUGCCUUCUCAUCUGGGCACUUACUACUAAAGACCUGAUAGAGGCCUUUCCCAUCAGCGUGCAUUCACCAGCCCAUCGCCACAAACUCGGUCGGAGAACAUGAAUCAAAAGUGCCUCAAGAGGAAUGAAGAAAGCUUUACUGGGGCUGGGGAAGGAAGCCGGGGAAGAGAUCCAAAGACUCUUGGGAGGGAGAAGUAUUACCACAGAAAUGAGGAGGAUGCUAAAAAUGUCAUGAAUAUCACAUAUCAUCUGUGGACUGACCUUGUAAAAGACAGUGUAUGUAGAAGCAUGAAGUCUUAAGGACAGUGCCAAAGAAAGUGGUCUUAAGCAGUGUAUAAACUUAGUAGAGUUUGGAAUCCCACUCAUGCAAACUGGGAUGAAACUAAAGCAAUAGAAACAACACAGUGUUGACCUAACAUACCGUUUAUAAUGCCAUUUUAAGGAAAACUACCUGUAUUUAAAAAGAGAAACAUAUCAAAAACAAGAGGAAAGACACGAGAAAGGCUGGCCCGUCAACCGACAUUGAUAUGCAACUGCACGGCCAUGUGCUGCUUCGGUUGAAAUCAAACACAUUCCGUUUGAUGGAGAGCUGUCAGCUUUCUCAAACUGUGAAGAGGACCCAAAGUUUCCAGCUCCUUUACAGUAUUACUGGGAUGAUGAGCUAAAUGGUGGGACUGAGAAUGUGUAUAGAGUGAGUGUGUGAUUGUAGACAGAGGGGCUGAGGAGGAGGAGGAGGAGGAGGAGACAGAGAAGGAGGAGACCAGGGCUGGGAAAGAAACUUCUCAAGCAGUGAAGACUGGACUCAGGACGUUUGGGGACUGGGUACAAUGAGAUACGGAGACUUGAGGGUUCAUGCAGUCAGUAUUAUACCAAACCCAGUGUUAGGAGAAUGACCCAGCGUAAUGGAGAAACGGGAAGUAGUCGAAUUCAGAAACAAAAAUGCGCAUCUCUUUCUUUAUUUGUCAAAUGAAAAUUUUAACUGGAAUUGUCUGAUAUUUAAGAGAAACAUUCAGGACCUCAUAGUUACGUGGGGGCUUUGUUCUCCACAGGGUCAGGUAGGAGAUGGCCAUCUCGGCUGCCACAAUCAGAAAUCACACAGGCAUUUUGGGUAGGUGGCCACCAGUUUUCCUUUGAGUCGCGAACGCUGUGCGUUUGUCAGAAUGAAGUAUACAAGUCAAUGUUUUUCCCCCCCUUUUCUAUAAUAAUUAUAUAACUUAUGCAUUUAUACACUACGAGUUGAUCUCGGCCAGCCAAAGACACACGACAAAAGAGACAAUCAAUGAUAUAAUGUGGCCUUGAAUUUUAACUCUGUAUGCUUGUUUACAAUAUGAAGUUAUUCGUUCUUAGAAUGCAGAAUGUAUGUAAUAAAAUAAGCUUGGCCUAGCAUGGCACAUCAGAUUUAUACAGGAGUCUGCAUUUGCACUUUUUUUAGUGACUAAAGUUGCUUAAUGAAAACGUGCUGAAUGUUGUGGGUUUUGUGUUAAAAUUUUACUUUGUCCGGGAACUUGUGCAAGGGAGAGCCAAACAGAGAGGAUGAUUGGCACCCAAAUGUUGUCAGCCUCUCUGUGUCCUUCUUGUCCACUCUCCUCUCUCAUAUAUCUAGCCCCUGCUGGAACAGAAGGACCCCAGGUUUCACAUCGGAGCCUCUGUAUUUAUGCCUGGAAUGGAAACAGGCCUAUGAAAGUGGGGUUGUCAUUGAGAAAUUCUAGUUCAGUACCUGGUCACAAAUCACCCUUAAUUCCUGCUGUGAUUAAAAGAAAGCAUUUGUCGAAUGGUGAA